AUGCGAUAAGACCUCAAUUCUGGUCAGCCUUGUCUAUAAUAUCUUCAUAUUCUACGAGUAAGGAACUUUUCAAGUGAAUUUUGUUUAUGAUAUUUAUGCUGCUCAUGUCUCAAAUUUGAUAAUACAUCGUAAACUUUCUUUUUGUCUUGAUCUUCAGGCGGACAAUAGCUUCAAAGAGUUGUCUGCCAUCGUUAGCCUUAUUAGCCUUAUCUCUAGCUUGGGGAAGCUCCCCUAUGAAAGACCGGAUAGAGGAGCGUCUUUCAACACCCAGCCGAAGGUUUUAGAACUCCACAGUCAAGAUGGGAGGCUUCACUUUGCCAUGGGGACUCUCGGGAGCUCUAUUGGCAUCUACAUAUCUUCAUUCCAUCUGUGUUUCUGCUAGCCCAUCCAUCAAUGUUGGCUUGCAAACAUCCUUUCCCUCAGCCCCAUAUCUCCUUGAGCUGCUGGAAACUGCAGCAACGGAAAAUGCAUCCUCGUACUUCCCUCUCCUUGACCGGAUUGCAGACGGCUAUUUUGCAAAAGCAUCCACCGACAAAGACCUAUAUGACAAGUUUAUAAAAGUUCUGACAGAAGAUGGUCAUCUGGAUCCGGAGGCACUUUCAUCAUACAAGCUUGCAUUGUCAAUGAGAGUGGCUGCACCGCGCAUUGAAGCACAAUUCCAAUAUUACCACACUGCCGCAGAGGCAUCUAUACAAACAGAGCAAGAUUCAUCCUGUCCAACAUGGGUGCUCUUUGAUGGGCAUCAGUAUUGUUCUCCCACAUUGGAUGAGCCUCAUGGAACCGUGACCGGCGAUUCACAAACACAAGAACUACCGUUUGACUAUGUUCUCGGGAAUCCUACGGGACCCCAUUCCAUAUUAUAUGCUGAUAUAACAUCCUCAACAUUUGGUUUAUUCCACAAAACCUUGGUUAAAACUGCCCGUGAAGGCAAAACAUCUUAUCGUCUCCGUCAUAGGCGAGCGAUCGAUGCUGGCUCGAAUAAGCCUCUCAUGAUUCCGGGCUAUGGUGUAGAACUCGCCCUUAAAAGAACUGACUAUAUAGUUAUUGAUGACCGCAAAGAUGACGAGGGAACAACUAAAUCCAAGACCGAGGCCAAGGUCAAGUUUGAAGACGAGGAGGUAGCUGAUCUCAAGCCCCUCUCCACAUCAGAGCUUUCUUCACUGGGGCUCAAAGCAUCUAGUUUUGUUAUGCAGAGUGACAAGCCAUUUGAUUCCCUCAUCAAGCUUUCACAAGACUUUCCAAAACAUUCCAGUGCUAUAAGUUCACACAACGUCUCUUCCGACUUCUUUGCGGAGCACAAUUACAACGCGGGCAAAUUGGUCCCCCGCUGGUAUCAACGUAUGAUGAUUGAUCGUCAGAUUGAUGCUAUAAGUAUCCUGGAUAUCUUACGAAAGGAAAGAAGACUGAUCAAUGGUGUUCGUGAUCUUGGAUUGACAGGACCUGAAGCUGUUCAGUUGCUUUCCCAUUCUAGCAUUUCCGAAGCUAAGAGUGAUGGAGACGUUCAGAGAUUUGAUUGGAGAGAUGAGAUUGAGGGAGGUAAUGUUAUCAUGUGGUUGAAUGACAUCGAAAAGGAUAAACGCUACCAAGAAUUUCCCGAGACUCUUGGCGCUUUACUCCAAAGAACAUAUCCUGGCCAGCUACCUUCAGUCCGCAAGGAAAUUUUCAACUUGGUUAUACCAGUGGAUUUCAGCACGAUAGAAGAUGUCGCACUCGUCGCUGAAACACUUGCAAGCUUCGUCAAAAGGAAGUUAGUCCUCCAUAUCGGGCUUGUUCCAAUCACCACUUCUCCAGCCGCUGUAGAGCAAACAAGAGUCUUGUAUCAUCUUUUGGAUGUUUAUGGACUCUCUGGAGCUAUUGCUUAUCUCGAGGCUUCCGUCGUGCAUGGGGCAGCUAGCCCCACUGAAAAGUCUUUCCAAGCCGCUAUCGAGGGUCGAGAGGUUCGAGCCGAGAAGAUAGCAAUUCCUCUUGUAGACUUGCUGAAGUCAGAUCAUUACAAUGAUCAAAUUGAUGCUGCAAGCCGCUGGACCACAAGACUAUCUGCGAAUGGCGACUUUCCACCAAUCUUUGUAGAUGGAGUUGCGCUCCCCAGAGACGAAAAUUGGUUGCAAGCAAUGGUUCAGCGACUCACCGCAGACUUGCAAGUGAUUCAGCAGGGAGUUUUCAACGAGAUAUUCACCCAAGAAUCUUACAUCCCAGACUUCUUCCUCUCUGAAGCAACGCCACGACGAAACUCCAUUAUAGUCCCAGAAAGCGACAAGAAUCUGAAGAUAAUUGAUGUUACCACUCUUUCGAAGCAACAUGAAGAUCUUCUUUCCAAAUUGCCUAAGAUUGGAUCAGAUUCGGCAUCGCCUAAGGAGGAUUGGGCUCAUAUGAUUUUGGUAGCAGAUUUAUCAUCCGCUUCUGGUUUAGACCUCCUUUUAUCCGCGGCUUCAUUUCGAGAAUCUGUUCCAGCUCUCGAGAUUAUCAUCGUCCAUAAUUCCCCCGGUGAAAUGGAAACAUCGGAUUUCAGCACCUAUUUGUUUUCACAUAUCCAGAAGAAUUCAGACAAACCACUUGUGGACACACAAAUUUUGCCUAGUUUAGUGAGCCCUGAAGGACCUGAAUUGGAUCUUACGACUCAAAAUUCCGCAAGGAAUUAUUGGAAGGAAGCCGGUCCAUUGGUCCGAGCUGCAGGCCUAUCUCCAGGUGAAAAUGCAAUCUUGCUUAAUGGACGGCUUGUUGGGCCAAUACCUGCUGGUUCCGAACUUAACCAAGAAGACUUUGAGCAGUUGAUCUCAUACGAACGUGCCAAACGCAUAACUCCUGUUUAUGCUGCUAUGCAAAGUCUCGGAUUGUCAGAUAAGAUUGCUGAUCCUUUAGCUGGUGCCAAAAUCUCCUCGAUGGUUGCAUUGUCAUCUGUAUCAGAUACACCCGAUGGCAUAUUUGAGCAAGCACCAACUAAUAGAAUCAGUGCAUUCGACGUUUGGAACUCUUCUUAUACAUCCAUCGAAACAGGAGAUUCGUCAACUGCAACCAUACAUAUGACUGUUACUAUCGAUCCAGCUAGCGAACAAGGACAGAAGUGGGUUCCAAUCGUGAAGGCUAUAUCUGAACUUGAAGGAGUCUAUCUUAAGAUGUUCUUAAACCCCAAAGAACGUCUCCAAGAGCUUCCCGUCAAGAGAUUUUAUAGAUAUGUUCUAGAUUCGAAGCCUAAUUUUGACGACGAAGGUGCUUUGAUCGAGCCUGGUGCCUCGUUCACUGGUGUGCCACAGGAGGCCUUGUUGACUGUCAAGUUGGACAUACCACCAGCAUGGCUAGUUGCCCCUAAAGUUUCUAUCCACGAUCCAGAUAACAUCAAACUCAGCUCUAUCAAGGCUGAUGUAGAUGCAUUAUAUGAGCUUGAGCAUAUUCUCAUUGAAGGUCACUCGAGGGACAUGCCAUCUGGUAGUCCUCCUCGCGGAGCACAGCUCAUUCUAGGAACCGAAAGAGACCCACACUUUGCCGACACCAUAAUCAUGUCUAACCUAGGGUACUUCCAAUUCAAAGCCAAUCCUGGAUUUUACAAGAUUGAUCUACAGAGUGGAAGAACAUCCGAAAUAUUUAAAAUUGAUAGCAUAGGCUCAAAAGGAUGGGCGCCUGUUCCUGGUGAUAGUACCACAGAAGUUGUUCUCAUGAGCUUUCAAGGAGCCACUUUAUAUCCUCGUCUUUCUCGCAAGCCUGGUAUGGAAGGAGAAGAUGUCCUUGAAGCUAAGGUUGAAUCUGCAAUGGAUUACGUCUCCCGAGGAUUAAACUUUGCGCAAGGCAUCUUAGGUAGCAAAACAAAAGCUGCUGCUGCGGUGGAAGAACAGGCCGAGAUCAACAUCUUUUCUGUUGCUAGCGGUCAUCUUUAUGAGCGUAUGCUGAAUAUCAUGAUGGUCAGUGUCAUGAAGAACACGAAGCACACGGUAAAAUUCUGGUUUAUUGAGCAAUUUCUGUCCCCAUCUUUCAAAGAUUUCAUUCCUUAUCUUGCCGCAGAAUAUGGCUUCAAGUACGAAAUGGUGACGUAUAAAUGGCCUCAUUGGCUUCGAGGACAAACUGAGAAGCAACGUGAGAUUUGGGGCUAUAAAAUCCUCUUCUUGGAUGUUCUUUUCCCAUUAUCCCUCGACAAGGUUAUCUUCGUGGACGCCGAUCAAAUCGUUCGUACCGAUAUGAUCGAGCUCGUAAAUCAUGAUCUCCAAGGUGCACCAUACGGCUUCACUCCUAUGUGCGAUAGCAGAACCGAAAUGGAGGGUUUCCGUUUCUGGAAACAAGGCUACUGGGAGAAAUUCCUUCGCGGCUUACCAUACCAUAUUAGUGCCCUUUACGUCGUGGAUCUCCGCCGAUUCCGCCAGAUUGCUGCAGGAGAUCGUCUUCGCCAACAAUAUCAAUCUCUCUCUGCAGACCCAAAUAGUUUGUCAAACUUGGAUCAAGAUCUACCAAACCAUAUGCAACAGGUUCUUCCUAUCCAUAGUCUACCGCAAGAAUGGCUUUGGUGUGAAACUUGGUGCAGUGACGAGAGUCUUAAAGAAGCGAGAACGAUUGAUCUGUGUAACAAUCCGUUGACCAAGGAACCGAAGUUGGAUAGAGCAAGGAGACAGGUACCGGAGUGGACAUUGUAUGACGAUGAGAUUGCCGCUGUUGAUAAGAAGAGAAAGGGAAUUAAUGUGAAUGGAAACGAGAGUGCGGAGGGUAGAAAUACGAAAAGUAGAACAUUGGAGGAGACGGUGGACACAAAAACUAAGAAAGAUGAGUUGUAG